UCUCCAGCUCCACUACUCUCGCUCUCUCUCUCUCUCUCUUUCCUUACAUAUAGUUACUACACCACCACCACAAAACCAAGUCCUGCAUUUUCGGAACCAACAAACAAAAAGAAAAAAACCAGAAGAGAAGAGAGGGAGGCUAUCUUUCUUAGAGAAGCAGCAAACAAAAACCAAAAAAAUGCAGAGAUUCAUAGGGAGAAGGGUAAUAUCUGUAGGAGAAUCUCUGCGAUUGCAACGCUGCUUCUCUCAGGCAACCCAGAAACAAGUCUCAGUCCAAGAAAAUGGCCUCGAUGUUCCCAAAAUACCCCCCUUCGAUUACUCCCCACCACCGUACACCGGUCCUACCGCCGAUCAGAUCUUGGCCAAGCGCAAGCAAUAUCUCAGCCCUUCCAUGUUCUACUUCUACAAGAACCCCCUGAACGUGGUGGAUGGAAGGAUGCAGUAUUUGUUCGAUGAAAAUGGACGAAGGUAUUUAGAUGCUUUUGGAGGGAUUGCUACGGUGUGUUGCGGUCACUGCCACCCUGAUGUGGUCAACGCGAUAGUCAACCAGACCAAGCGCUUACAACACUCCACCAUACUUUACCUCAAUAGUGCCAUUGCUGACUUUGCCGAGGCAUUGGCCUCCACGUUGCCUGGAAAUCUCAAGGUGGUGUUUUUUACGAAUUCUGGGACUGAAGCAAAUGAGUUGGCUAUGAUGAUGGCGAGGCUGUAUACUGGUUGCCAUGAUAUUAUAUCGUUGAGAAAUGCUUACCAUGGAAACGCAGCUGGGACUAUGGGAGCCACAGCACAGUGCAACUGGAAAUUCAAUGUCAUACAGACUGGUGUUCAUCAUGCCUUAAAUCCAGAUCCAUAUAGAGGUGUUUUUGGUUCGGAUGGUGAAAAGUAUGCAAGAGAUGUCCAAGAUCUUAUUGACUUUGGGACGUCUGGCAAUGUUGCUGCUUUUAUGUCUGAAGCAAUUCAGGGAGUUGGGGGAAUUGUAGAAUUGGCCCCUGGUUACUUGCCUGCUGUCUAUAGUAGCAUAAAGAAAGCAGGAGGCAUUUGUAUUGCUGAUGAGGUUCAGUCUGGGUUUGCUCGCAUUGGGAGUCACUUCUGGGGAUUUGAGUCACAAGGAGUUGUGCCUGACAUUGUGACAAUGGCAAAGGGCAUUGGUAAUGGUAUACCACUUGGUGCAGUGGUUACCACUCCUGAGAUUGCAGAGGUCCUGACUCGUCGCAGUUACUUCAACACCUUUGGUGGAAAUCCUGUAUGUACCGCGGCUGGACUAGCUGUUUUGAGAGUGAUCGAGAAAGAAAACCUUCAAAAGAAUGCACAUGCUGUGGGGACCUAUCUGAAAGAGAGACUCACUGCUCUUAAGGAUAAACAUGAAAUUAUUGGGGAUGUGAGGGGAAGAGGGUUUAUGCUUGGAGUUGAACUUGUCACUGAUCGACAAGCGAAAACACCUGCAAAGGCUGAAACUUUACAUGUUAUGGACCAAAUGAAAGAUUUGGGCGUCUUGAUAGGCAAAGGUGGAUACUAUGGAAAUGUUUUCAGAAUAACACCUCCUCUCUGCCUCACUAAGGAAGAUGCAGAUUUCCUUGUGGACGCGAUGGAUUACACAUUGUCUAAGAUGUGAAGAGUACAAUGUGAAUGUUUAUAAAGAUGUCAAAAUUAAACAUUCCCAAAAUAGAUCUUAAGUACCUCUGUAUCAUGACAGAUCUGUUUGGUGAGUGAAAAAAUAAUUAAUAUGAAUAGGUUUUAUGCGUCA